AUGGCUGAACAGGCUGAACUCGCCUUUGUCAAGAACCUCAUCUCGACGCUCUCCGCUCAGCCCGUCACUUUCGCCAACGAUUUCCAGCAUCUGCUAUCUUUAUCUGGGUGUGGCGUGAAACGUGGCGUGUUAGGAGAGUCCUCCAUCGCCAGCAACAUCAAAGUCACAUUCAAACAACUCAAACCCUCUUUCUCCGUCACCCUCGCCGUCUCGCCCGCCGAUUCGAUCGAGAGCAUCAAACGACAGAUCGCUUCUCAGUCCGGUGCACCACCUGCCGAUACUCAGAGGUUGUUGUUGAAGGGAAAAGCUCUUGCGGAUACCAAGUUGUUGAAGGAGUAUAACGUUAAGGACGGAGAUACCGUGAACAUCAUGUCGAAACCUGCAUCUACACCCGCCGCGCCGCCGCUCGUCGCGCCUCAACCCGUAGCGCCCUCGCCCGUGUCAACCCUGCCCGGCCAGAGCAGUCUCGAGCUCCCGUCCGCGGAAAGUACAGCCAGUGCAGGCAAGCGUAGAGGCCAUGGCCGCAUUCCAUCCGUCGUAUUGUCGCCCAGCCCGAGUCCAAGUAUGGAUGGGGAGGAAGUGAAGGAUAUCGCGCUGGUUGACGAGAACGGCGUAACGCUCAGCGCUGAACCUGCUGCGGAACCCGGCCCGCCCGACUCGACAUACCGUACCACGAUCAGCAAUCCACAGUACUGGGAGAAGUUAUACGAGUUCAUCGUAUCCCAGUUCUCCGUGCGCGCAGACGCACAUCUGGCCUUCGAGGACUAUCUCAACGCCAGUAAGGGCGCGCUGACCGCCAGCGAGAUCGCGAAGAUCCGCGACACGGUCGGAAUCACUGGGAUGGGCGGCGCUUGA